AUGACAAGUACCACGGAAACGUCAGGAGCCCUGCUCGUGCAUGAGCUCGAGAAAUCAUGGGAGUUCAAGCAGACCGACUCACACAACUGGAUGCCAGUGAAGUCUGUACCGACCAACGUACAUCUCGACCUGAUCGCGAAUGAUGUGACAAAACUUCCGGAAGUUGGUCCUUCAAGAGAUGGCCAGAUCCAUGAGCUCGUUUUUGAUGGUCUCGACACGUUCGCGACGGUCAAGGUCAAUGGCAAGGUUGUUCUGGAAAGCGACAAUAUGUUCAUUCCGUAUAGGAUAGACGUCACCAAGAAACUCAAGGAUGGUCAUGCUAACAUACUAGAGAUCGAGUUUCGUUCAGCACUGUUGGAAGGUCGCAAGAUCAAGGACGCUCAUCCCGAACACAAAUGGGUUGGCUUCAAUGCAGAUAUGGCUAGACUUGCUACAAGGAAAGCUCAAUACCAUUGGGGCUGGGACUGGGGCCCAGUGCUGAUGACUUGCGGUCCGUGGCGAGCAGUCCGUCUGGAGACUUCAUACGCUCGUAUCUCCGACAUGCGAGUGGACUACGACCUCGAUGAGUCUUUGGACGAUGUCGUCGUCAAUGUCUCAGUCGCCACUGAACGCUCUUCCGAAGCCGAGGUCAGGGUUGCAAUCCGGUCGGGCAAGGAUGUGAUCUUCGAGAAGACUGUAUCAGUUGAUAGCAAAGGACUCGCCAAGGCAGACUUUCACAUCGCUCAACCCAAGCUAUGGUACCCCCACGGCUAUGGCGAACAGUCACUGUAUACCUGCGAGGCUGUGCUAGUCUUGAACGGGCAUGUCGUGCACUCUUGCAGCCGAAUGACUGGAAUCCGUCGCGGCGAGUUGAUACAGGAGCCAGAUGAGAUUGGCAAAACAUUCUUCUUCAGGAUCAAUGGCAUUGAUGUAUUCUGUGGCGGCUCUUGCUGGAUACCCGCUGACAGUUUCACGCCUCGUAUCACGAAAGAAAGGUAUAGAUCAUGGCUGCAAACGCUUGUCGAUGGAUACCAAGUCAUGAUAAGAAUCUGGGGCGGCGGUAUCUGGGAAGAGGAUAUCUUCUAUGACACCUGCGAUGAACUCGGCAUCCUCGUCUGGCAAGAUUUCAUGUUUGGUUGCGGCAACUAUCCUGCUGCCAUCAAAGAGUUCAGGGAAUCCGUUGAGGCCGAGUGCGUUGCGCAAGUCAAGCGCAUCCGUCAUCAUCCAUCGAUUGUGAUUUAUGCUGGCAACAACGAAGACUAUCAGAUGCUACCGGAAGUCAUUGCCUCGCACUCGCCUCAUGUACCGUAUCACCCAGGGUCGCCAUGGGGAGACGGCCUCAUCUCAUCUGAUCAGACCGUUGGCGACAUGCAUCAAUGGAAUGUAUGGCAUGGUACUCAAGAAAAGUACCAGAUCUUUGAUACCCUUGGUGGCCGUUUCAACAGCGAAUUUGGCAUGGAAGCAUUUCCCCAUAUCGACACCAUCAAAUAUUAUGUCACCGAUCCAGCUGAGCUCUAUCCUCAGUCACACAUGAUUGACUUCCACAACAAGGCAGACGGACAUGAAAGAAGAAUCGCAACCUAUUUGAUCGAGAAUUUCCGUACGACAGACACCAGCCUCGAGGCAUACAUUCAUCUCACACAACUCAGCCAGUCAGAUGCGCUGAUGUAUGGCUACCGUGGUUGGCGGCAGCAAUGGGGCCAAAAGCGACACUGCGGUGGAGCGCUUGUAUGGCAGCUCAAUGACUGCUGGCCUGUCACGUCGUGGGCCAUCAUUGACUAUUUCCAGCGUAAAAAGCCAGCUUACUAUGCCAUGCGAAGGGUGCUGGCUCCUAUCGCUGUUGCGGUCAAACGCGCGCAUCAUGAUUGGAGUGUCGUCCAUGCCCGACCCGCAAAAACAAGCUCAUAUGAGUGCUGGGUAUCGAGCAAUAGCACGCAAGAAGUGACAGCAACCAAAGUGGAGCUCAAGUUCAUCUCCAUUGCUACUGGCAAGGAGAUCAAAGCAGCUUUGGUCAGGAAGAACGUGAAGAUCACGGCAAAUGGCACUACGAAUAUUUUCGAUGGUGAGUUAAACAACGAGAAGGAAGAACCGCACGUCUUAGCGGCGAGGAUCUGGAUAGAUGGACAGGAUGGUGUUGUGUCGCGAGAUAUCGACUGGCCCCAACCGCUCAAGUACCUGAACAUGGAAGGAAGAGGUGUCAAGGCGAUCUUCGCUGAGGGUAAGAUUACUGUGACAUCAGAGAAGCCAACAAAAGGGCUGGUCUUUGAAGAACGAGAAGGGGUUCUUGUGAACGACAGUGCUGUGGACAUUGUGCCUGGAGAUGAGCAGGUCAUCACGGUCAAGGGGUUGAAGCCUGGUGACCCGCCAUUGAAAUGGCGAUACUACGGACAAUAG